CUGUAGUUGCCGCUCUGACAGCGCGCUGCGCGGGUUUGUGUUUCGCGGGAGCAGGCGGAUGACAAUAACAUCAUAUUAUUUACUUCUUCCACGGGUACAUUACUGUCAUCAUUUCAACUGAAAAAUGAGUUUAUGGGUGGACAAAUACCGACCGACGUCCUUGGCUAAACUGGACUACCACAAGGAGCAAGCUAACCAGCUCAAAAAUCUGGUUCAGUGUGGCGAUUUUCCUCAUUUGUUGGUUUAUGGACCCUCUGGAGCUGGCAAGAAAACUCGGAUCAUGUGUUUGCUUCGAGAGCUUUAUGGAGCCGGGGUGGAGAAACUCAGGAUUGAACAUCAGUCUAUCACGACUCCAUCAAAAAAGAAGCUUGAAAUCAACACUAUUGCCAGCAACUACCAUCUAGAGGUGAAUCCAAGUGAUGCCGGGAACAGUGACCGCGUGGUCAUUCAGGAGCUGAUAAAAACAGUCGCACAGUCUCAGCAGAUUCAGUCCAGCGCUCAGAGGGAGUUCAAAGUGGUGCUGCUCACGGAGGUGGACCGCCUCACUAAAGAUGCCCAGCAUGCCUUGCGCCGUACGAUGGAGAAGUACAUGGCCACUUGUCGACUGAUCCUCUGCUGUAACUCCACGUCAAAAGUAAUCGCCCCCAUCAGGAGCAGGUGUCUGGCUGUGAGGGUCCCUCUGCCAAGUGUGGAAGAGGUGUGCAGUGUCCUGUCAGGCGUGUGCAGGAAGGAGGGUCUGCUGCUUCCUCCAGAACUGGCCAAACAAAUCGCAGAGAAAUCUGGCCGUAACCUCCGUAAGGCCCUGCUGAUGUGCGAGGCCUGCAGAGUUCAACAGUAUCCCUUCUCUCCAGACCAGGACAUCCCAGAGACAGACUGGGAGGUUUACCUCAGAGAGACCGCUAAUGCUAUAGUUAGCCAGCAAAGCCCUCAGAGGCUUUUGGAAGUUCGUGCACGAUUGUAUGAACUUCUAACUCACUGCAUCCCACCAGAAGUCAUCAUGAAGGGUCUGGUGACUGAGUUGUUGAGUAACUGUGAUGGACACCUGAAGGCUGAAGUGGCUCAGAUGGCGGCCUACUAUGAACACAGACUGCAGCUGGGCAACAAAGCCAUCUACCACCUGGAGGCCUUCGUCGCAAAAUUCAUGGCCAUCUACAAGAAGUUUAUGGAAGAUGGGCUUGACAACUUUAUGUUCUAAGGAAAUGUAAAUGAGAGAUUAUAUUACUGUUUUUCAUAAUAAAAGACAUCUACAAA